AUGAAGUUGCAAUCUCUUGUCACCCUUGCCGCCUCCGGCCUUGUUGCCGCUCAGAGCCGUCCCAACCUGACCGCGGCCAUUGAGUCUGAGAACUCUACCCUCUCCUCCCUUGGCGGUCUUGUCGCCGCUCAGCCCAGCCUUCUUCGAGACCUUGGCCGUCUUCGAAAUGUCACCAUCUUGGCCCCAAGCAACGAUGCCCUCGAGGAGCUCCUUAAGGACACCACCGUUGCUCGCAUGGUCAAGGACGACCCCAGCUAUGUCGCCAACCUUUUGUCUUACCACAUCCUGAACGGCACCUACUAUGCCAGCAACAUCACGGACAUGGACAUGGCUGCCUUUAUUCCUACCCACUUGACCAACUCGACAUACGCCAAUGUCACAACCGGACAGCGCGUCGAGGCUAUGGCCAUGAAUGACACUGUCAGCUUCUACAGUGGUUUCCGUGCUCAGUCCAAUGUCACCAAGGCUGAUCUCAACUUCACUGGAGGUGUCAUCCACAUCAUCAACCGUGUUCUCAGCAUCCCUCAGAACCUCUCCGACACGGCCAUCGCCGCCAACCUCUCCGCCGCUGCUGGCGCCCUUACAGAAGCCAAGGUCGUCACCAACCUUACCUCUGAGAAGAACAUUACCGUCUUUGUUCCCAGCAACAGUGCUUUCGCCAAAAUCGGUUCUGUUCUCGCCAAUGCCAGCGAGUCUGAUCUCGCCGAUAUCCUUGCCUACCACGUUAUCAACGGCACUGUUGGCUACAGCAGCGACCUCAAGAACGGUACCCUCACUGCUUCCGACGGUACAAAGCUCAACAUUGCUAUCUACAACGGUACCGUCUUUGUCAACGAGGCCAAGGUCAUCGUCCCUGAUGUUCUCAUCGCCAACGGUGUUGUCCACGUUAUCGAUGGUGUUCUCAACCCCGACAAGCCCUCUGCUACUGCCAACCCUACUGCUAGCACACAAGAGGCUGCCUUCUCUGGCGCCAGCUCUGUUAGCGACGUUCCCUUCACCUCCGGUGUCCCCGAGGGUACUGCUCAGGCCACUGGUCUGUCUCCCUCCACCUCAACCGAAGGUGCUGCUCAGGCUACUGCUGCCAUUGCGCUCGGUGCGCUGUUUGGUGGUGCUGCUCUCAUGAUGAACGCUUAA